UCUCUGGCUCUCUGUAGAUCACCUAAACGAAACUGGGCCCCCGCACGGACGCUCAGAGGGCAUCGGAAUAUUCCACAAUUUAGCCACAACCGCAAUAAAACUUAUUAAAUUCAGUUGAGAACUGGUAAGCCACUAGGAACAAUGUGGGACGAUCUCAAGGAUAAGGUUAUUUUGGUAACUGGAACAGGUUCCGGCAUUGGUCAUGCGCUUGUCCAGGAAUUGGCCAAAGCGGGUGCCACAGUAAUUGCCGUGGCCCGUAACGAUGCCCAGCUCAAGGAACUGGCUUCAUAUGAUCCCAAGCACAUUCAAACCCUUAAACUAGAUCUGGCCCAUUGGGACCAGGUUAAAGAGACUUUGGCCAAGGUGCCACAAUUGGAUGGUUUGGUAAACAAUGCCGGUGUGGCCAUUAUAAAGCCAUUCGAAGAGCUUACCGAAAAGGAUUUUGAUACUCACUUUAAUGUCAACAUUAAGGCCGUGUUCAAUGUGACCCAAGCUCUGUUGCCCAAACUGCGUAAUGGCUCCAGCAUCGUGAAUGUCUCCUCGAUAGCGGCAAGUCGUUCAUUUGCCGGCCAUACCGCCUACAGUGCCACCAAAGCUGCCUUGGAUUCGUUGACCAAAUCAUUGGCCCUGGAACUGGGUCCACGCAAGAUUCGCGUCAAUUCGGUUAAUCCUACUGUGGUGCUCACCAAAAUGGGUCGGGACAAUUGGUCGGAUCCCGCAAAAAGUGGUCCGCUUUUGGCACACAUUCCACUGAAUCGUUUCUGUGAGGUGCAGGAAGUUGUCGAUGCCAUUGGCUAUUUGUUGAGCAACAAAUCGACUUUUGUCAACGGACAUCACAUUCUUUUGGAGGGCGGCUAUGCCGUUUCCUAAGGACUCGAUUCAAUAACAAUGCAAAUGCUAAUUCAAUCUUUGGCUACUCUUUUCAAUUCCUUUUUGUAUGUUUGUAUGUUUUUUUCUUUCUAUAUGUAUAUUUGCUUACAUUAAAACAGUUUUCUCUGAUUAAUUGUA